AUGCUCUCACGUGUUGCUGCUGUCAAGGCACCCCGCACAGACAACCGUCGCCGCGUGACCGGAUCCAGCGGUAUGAGGAGGGAAGGAAGAGAGAGUGAACCGCAGAGGCCCAGCAUGUACCGACGUGUGUUUGCUUCCGCUGUGCUGCUUCUCGUUGUGAUGAUGUGCUGCGGCACCGGUGGAGCUACAGCCACUAAUAAGGGGAAUUCAGGUCAGGAAUCUUCACCGAAGAAACAUUUUUGGAGAGAUAAGAAUGAUGGAGAAAAAGUGAGUUCUUUACGUGUUCCAGUUCUUGUUGAGAUGAAUAGUAAUGUGUUUGCCGUUGCCGAGGCGCAGUGCACGGAAGCCGGCAAGAGUGGUUUUACUGGUAUUGCCUCGGAGCUCCUGGAGUGGACCGAUAAAGAAUCAAAAGAAUUGGAUACAACUAAACUGAAGACACAAGUACUGGAGGAAUCUCAGUUUGAAAGAGGGAAUUUUCCUUUUCUAAACGUUACUCAGAAUGCCUCCCAAAACCGGACAAAAGUACGUGUGAGCCGGCCAACAACCGUUGUGAAUGGGGAUAUUAUUUACAUGUUUGCUGGAACCUACAGUUUUGAAGUUACUGAAGCUGCUGGUAGCAAAGCUGCAGCAGCUAAAUGGGAACUUUUGGUGGCUGUGGGAAACGUCAGUAAUGAUGGGAGCAACGGUAAAAAAAAGAUUUAUUGGAAAGACGCUUCCGUUAUCCCGUGGACUGAGUUUGAAAACCAGCACAAAUCCUUGACAGGGCUGAUUGGCGGCGGUGGAUCGGGUGUUCAGAUGAAGGACGGUACGUUUGUGUUCCCGAUGGAAGGGACGAAGAAGGAUGGAAAGGCCGUUUCGCUGAUCAUAUACUCGUCAGACAUUGCGAGUGGGAAUCUGUCGAAGGGGAUGUCUGCCGAUGGCUGCGGUGAUCCCUCCGUCGUGAAGUGGGAGAAGGACAAACUCAUGAUGAUGACUGCGUGUGAUGAUGGCCGCCGCAGGGUGUACGAGUCCGGUGACAAGGGGGAGUCGUGGACGGAGGCACUCGGGACACUCUCGCGCGUGUGGGGCAGCAAACACACGGGACCUGAGAAGGGCGUUAGGAGCGGGUUCACCACAGCGAGGAUUGAGGACAGGGAUGUGAUGCUUGUUACUCUGCCGGUGUAUUCUAAAGAGAAAGAGAAAGAAGAAAAAGAAAAGGGCAGUCUCCAUCUUUGGCUGACGGACAAUACGCACAUUGUCGAUAUUGGGCCGGUAUCCGAUGAUGACGUUGCCGCCAGCUCCCUGCUGUACAAAAGUGGUGAAAGUGGAAAUGAUAAUAAUAAUGGGGAGGAGUUGAUUGCACUGUACGAGAAGAAGAAGAGCGGUGAUGAGGACGCAUCACUCGGUAUGGCUUCUGUGCUUCUGACUGCGCAGCUGGAGAAGGUGAAGGAGGUGCUGAAAACGUGGAAGAAUGUGGACGAACGUGUCUCCCAGCUGUGCACCUCUGAGAAGGUUACCUCAAGUGAAACUGCCUGCAGUGCUGAUAUUAAGAUCACGGAUGGGCUGGUUGGGUUUUUGUCCGGCAACUUCUCUGAGAACACAUGGAAGGACGAGUACCUCGGGGUGGACGCCACAAUAAAGGGGAAUGAUGGGGCAACAGAGGCUUCCGAUGGUGUGAAAUUCCAGGGAGCGUGGGCGGAGUGGCCCGUUGGCAAGCAAGGGGAGAAUCAGCUGUACCACUUCGCGAGCUACAACUUCACUAUUGUGGCGACGGUGUCCAUCGACGGUGUGCCGAAGGAGGGUUCUCCCAUUCCUUUGCUUGGUGCGAAGAUGGCUGGCGAUGGAAAAAAAACCAAAAUUAUGGAGUUGUCAUACGACAGCGGAAAGAAGUGGAUAUUACUGUGCGGUGACGGAACGAACGAGGAGCUCAGCAGCGUUUUGGGGGCAGAGAAAACUCAACACGUGGUGCUUUUGAUACGGAACGGCAGCGAUGUCUCCGCGUACGUCGAUGGUCAGCGUGUGGGUGGGAAUGAACAAUGCGAAUUGAAAACUAAGGCAUCGAAAGUAAUCUCCCACUUCUACAUUGGAGGGGAUGGAGACAAGACACGGGAACAAGAAGACGUGUCUGUGACUGUGAAGAACGUCCUGCUGUAUAACCGUCCGUUGAGCUCUGAAGAGAUUACUGCCCUUACCCCGAAUAAAGCUCCCACUCCAUCUUUGGAAGAGAAGCCGUCGGAUCCUUCAACCGUUUCUUCUGGUUCCGUUGUACCUCCCACUCCUCUGGUGACCCCGAAUGCUCAGCAAACCGAAACUCCGUCUACUCCUGCCGGAACACAGCUGACGGAACAGGGACAGUCGAUGGGGAGCAGUAAAGGUGCGGGCAGUGGCGGUGCAUCCACAACAGCGGUGUCCACUGUCAGUACUCCCUCAGCAGAAGAGGAGUCCGUAGUACAGGUGACGUCAGGAAAAUCUCUCGAUGGAACUAAAACGAUGGGUGGCGGUUCUACUGCUGUUGGCGAGCCAACGAUGCAGACAAGAGAAGGAGGAACGAAUGGGCAGGAGGAGGAGUUUAACACACAGGACAGGGACGUGAAUGCUGCGGCGCUCAGCAGCAGCCUCGUAAAUGUGUCGCAGAGGAAUAACAGGUGA